AUGGCAUCACCUCUAGCAGUUUCAAAGACUAUACUCUCCCGAUACCCUUGGGUAUCCUCCCCUCUAGUGGUAAGCGCUCCUAUGGCAAUGCUAGCAAGUGCCGCCCUUGCAACGUCUGUAUCCAGCGCUGGUGGACUUGGAUUUAUUGGCCCUGGAAUAAAAACACAAGAUGCGGCCACCAACCUUGAAGAGGCGUCACAAAUAUUUCUCAAAACUCAAGGCUCACCAUUUCUCUCUCGAGAGGCGACCACAUCGUCUCUGCUUCCUGUUGGCGUGGCAUUUCUCCUUUGGCGAGAUGAUGUUAAUGAGGCGACUUCUCUCUAUGCUCCACACGAGAUGAAAGAGUACGAAACAUGGUCAAAGAAAAUUCGCAGUGUAUCUCCCGACACCCAAAUAUGGAUACAGAUUGGAACAGUGCUUGAAGCAACAACACUCUCGCAGAGUUCCGAGAAACCGGACGUUAUUGUUGUUCAGGGAGCAGAAUCCGGUGGCCAUGGGAGAGUUGAGGAUGGGUUGGGUCUCAUAACAUUGUUCCCUGAAGUGGCUGAUGCAUUGGUAGAGGGCGGCAUUACUCUGGUUGCUGCAAGGGGAAUCGCUGACGGGCGAGGCGUUGCUGCUGCGCUGUCCCUUGGCGCCUCAGGAGUGGCGAUGGGAACUAGAUUCCUCGCAUCAAAGGAAGCCCGUAUUGACCAAGGGUACCGGAAUGCGGUUAUCCAAGCAACUAAUGGUGCUGUAUCGACAACACGAACCUUGCUUUAUAACCACCUCCGAGGGGAAUACGUGUGGCCUAAGCCAUACAGCCCCAGGAUGAUUAUAAACAAAACCUUCAUAGAUCACCAAGCAGGAAAGCCAUUUGGGGAGCUCAAAGAGAUGUAUGAUGAGGCAGUCCAAGCAGGGGACUCGGGAUGGGGACAGCAGGGAAGACGGGCUACCUACGCGGGAGCAGCAAUUGGAUUGAUCCACGGGGUCAAAUCAGCGUCAGAUAUUGUGCAUGACGUCCGAAAGGAGGCAUUGGCGAAAAUUCAGUCGCUGCAAACAGGUGGGCAGUAA